ACGUAAUUGUUGAACGGCCCCAAACAAGAUGACCUAGUCUCCGCAUAUUGACGACUUUCACAUAUCCUAUUAUCGCCUGAAGCCAGUUUUAAAUGCCAGCAGUGUCCGGUGACCAUUUCGAGAGUGUUCGCGCCACUCCAGUUUGAGAAUCGCAUUCGUUUGAAACCCUCUUAUUGAUCGCUCACGACAAAAGCGAGUCAGCUGGCAAACCCGCCAUUAAUACGACAAAAAUGUGACAAACAGCACUCUGGGACAAAAAAAUUAUCAUGUAGAACAUAAAGGAAAUCUAAAUACACACACGCAUGCACGAAUCGUUACGAUAGAGUCCAGCCCAGUACAGGACAGAAAGAGCGCUAUGCUAAUAUUAAUAUUGCGUCUAUUAUAACGGGACUUCACAGUCUGUGGAUACAGAGCCGGAUACUGCUCGUAUUGACCAGCAGCCCCUUGUUAGCAGACGACAGUCACUGAUCUAGCGCCGAGAAAACAUGAUAGCGAGGGGCGUCUGUAUCGCUAUUAUUCAUCUGAGGCCAUCUUUACGACUGGUCGCAUUUCGCCACAUGGAACGGACGGCCAUUUAAAUUUUUGCUCGUCAAGAAAAAAAGAAGAAAAAGAAAUGAGUGUCGUCUGCUCACAAAUGUUGCAAUUGCAGCAGUGACGUCUGUCUUUGUGGCCGCGUGUACAUGCAUACUGUGACCCACUUUUGUGAAUAGCGGCAGAUAAAAGUACGUUGGUUACUACACUGUAGGACAGUUAGUGCACAUCCACAGUUAGUGCACAUCCACCGGCACAUAGACUGAGUCGGGAGUUUACAGGCGAGACGAGACGAGUCAACGUGUUCCCAGAAGGCCGUUUGUUUCCUUGCUCAUCCUUACUGACGUGUGUCGAGAGAAAAAACAACAACGAGCUAAAAGUAGCGCAGACAAAAAGCUUCCGUUACAGACAACGAACGAUUUUUCUGUGAUGUGUGCGGAUCUCAAGAAUGCGAUAUUUAUGGAAGAUGGAUCAUUAAAAUACUAGCUUCCUCAAAACACAAGUAUUUGUUCGCUCAACAAAAAAAGGCCACUCCGAAGUUCUCCGAAAAUGAUUAGUAUACAACACAGUUCUCUAACUGGGCAGAAAUGGGCAAAAGAAGAGGACUCCCGUUUGCUCAUCGCCUAACAGUUAUCAGCAGGGAAUCGGCUAUUUCAGUUUUCAUCAGGGUGUAAGGUACUGAAAAACCAUACCAACAACGGCAGUUCCCGUCUGCUGCAAUAAGAGCAGACGACAGUCUCUUGAUCACAGUUUGCGAGAGUGGACUGUCACCAACAGUUUUAGACUCAACUGACGCGACGUUGACGUAUUGGAGUUCAUAGUAGUUAGCCGUGCUAUAUACCAACUCAAUACUGAAAUUAAAACAAACAACCAAAAGCCACCCUUUGAUCUCUGUGAUACUGUGAUAAUUGUACAAAUACAUCUGUUAUAACAUUUAAAAAAUUUUUUUAUUGUAUCUCAGUUAAACUACUAUAUCCUGUUCUUGAAGAUUGUGUAUAGAAUUGGUGGGAAUUCUAGUCUUCAAGUUUUACCAUUUACUAAAACAAAGAAAGGCAGUUUCGGUGGCACACCGUAUAAAUUGAAACAACGAACAGUUUCGUUAUUAUCUUCGAAAAAUAUCAAAUUCUUGAAAAUCGGCUGUCUUAAAGGAAUUGCAACUACUCGUUUUGUGUUUCAGGAAUUCUAAGAUAUCUGUUGUGUUAUAUGAAUCAAAAGAUAUCGGCUGUGUUACACCAAUUGGCAGGUAUCUGUGAGAUUUUGUGUACUUCUACAACAGUGUGCACCAUGAGAACACGAACACGAUACGUGCUAUAAGGAUUGCAACAACUCGUUUUGUGUUAAAAAAUAAUUCUAAGAUAAUAUAUUGUGCAAUAGUAAUUUCAAGACAAUGAGAUUAAACAUGAGAAAUCUAAUAAAGAAACUGACGGCGCUGGCAAUGUUUGUUUGUCUCGUGCCGUUCCUGAAGCUGCUGCUGCCAGCGCCGCUGCAGUCUGCCGACACCAUCCAUCUGGCUCGUCUUGCCAUAGAAUGGCAAAGAUUCCCAGUUGACACAGAGGCCAUAGGCGGGGAUAACACGUCGAUACCGAUACACGUGGACGUCCAGAGCGUCAGCAAGCAUCUUCUGAAGACGUGGCACACGCCCAAUAAGAAGAUAUUUGAAAACAAUUCCAUGAUCAAGCAGUUCAUGCCGACAAUGUCCCUAGAAGAGAGGACAGAUCUACUGGUCACGUUCGAGACUUUUGUUCGGGCCUGUGACUGGGCUAACCUGACCUACUUCUUGUUUUCUGGGUCGAUGCUGGGGGCUUACCGACAUCACGGGUUUAUUCCAUGGGACGAUGACGUUGAUCUUGUCAUGGACAGUUCCGACUGGAGGAAAAUUCGAAAUGUGUUGUCACGUGUGCCAGGAUUCGAGCUGUACGCUCCCAGUAAAGUCCAGUGGAAGUUCUACAGGAAGGAUCUACCGCUCGUUCCAGGGAAGCCCUUCAAGUGGCCCCAUAUCGAUAUCUUUUUCUUCAAGGAGGAUUCCACCCACGUUUGGGCGCUCACUGGAGGGAUAAAAACAGAACUGGUGAUUCCGAAAGAGGACAUAUUUCCGCUGCAGACGCGUCCGUUCGAAAACCGACACGUGGCGGUCCCGUGCAAGAUGGACGAGAUGAUUCUCAAGCAGUAUGGGAUACACAACUGUCUCUCGCUGGCGUAUUCGCACAAAGACAGCGUACCAGUCGAUUCGUCUGACGUCCAGACAGUUCCGUGUGAACAGUUGUACCACAUCUUCCCGUUUGUGUUCAGACAUAAAGAUCCCAUUUCAGGGAACAUCCUCGAGACUCUAAAACGAGGGGACAAGGUUCUGAGGAAUAUUUCCAUACAACAACGAUGUAGAUAACAACUGAAGAGUAGAUCAAUAGUUUUUAUUUGUCUAAUUUUAAAUAUUCUAGGUACGGCUUUCAUCUGUCAGUAUUGAGCAUCUGACAUAGGUAUAUUGGGGCGGGACAUAGCCCAGUGGUACAGCGCGCGGUCGGUGUGGGAUCGAUCCCCGUCAAUGGGCCCAUUGGGCUAUUUCCCAUUCCAGCCAGUGCACCACGACUGGUAUAUCAAAGGCCGUG